AUGGAGUCCACUCCAAGAGCCAGGACCCCAGCGGGCCCUGCUCGUAAACCCAAGAAGAAACGUCCCCCCUCCCCCCUGCCUCCUUCACCUUCGCCCGUCCCAGGUCCGUCUUCUUUGCAAGAGUUCCGCCCGGUUCCGAGACCAUACCUCGCCAGAGCACCGUCGCCUAUAUCGAAUACCCCGCACAACAGGCUGGCGGAAAUGGUGCUUCCGUCUAGCUUUACCAGGCCUCAAGAGGGGCCUUCUGCGCAGAUAUUGGGCGGUGCAGCGGUAGGAUCAGGCGGGUCAGGGAGGGAGAGGGGGCAGAAGAAGAAGAAGGCAAGCCGGUAUGCUCAAGGAUUGUUGGCCCCGCCGAGUAUCGUACCCGGAGGCGUCCCAGCAGCGCCUAGAGUCCAACACCAGCAACUUCGAGACCGCCGGCGAGGUGAAGAUCGGCUCGGAAGGCAUGCGGGCGGUACAGCAAGCCAAACGAGGCUGCAAGAUCUUCCUACUGGAAACCCUAGUCAAACGUCUCUGGGUCAUUUGGCGACGAUCUUGGGGUCGGACCCUGUUGCGGCGGAACAAGAUCCAGCGCCGGCGAGGAGGAGGAGGAGGAUAGUGAGAGGGGAGGAAGAAGAGGGGUUGAGGAGGAGGGUAACGGUGAGUAGUCGGGAGGAGGGGAGGGCGUUGGGUGUGGCGAGGGGAGCUAGUAUGCGGCGGAGGAACGUAUGGGAUGAAAUACCAGACCAAAUGACUCAAGAGUCGGGAGAACCGCCACCGCCGUUCCCCUUUCCGAAUGCUGCCACCGCCCGUCUUCCACCAGCUUUUGCCCGUUCGCCUUUGAGCCAGGAAGAUGCUGGAUCACAAGCCGAUGGAGGGGAAGGAGGUAGAGCAAGGUCGCCACCGCCGACGUGGGAACAAGCAGUUGGCCUGACACCUUCUCCUGCCCCUGCCCCUGCCCCUGGUACUGGGGCUACCUCUGAAGACCAACCAGCUCCGCCCACGCUUGUGAUACCGCCCACUGCUUCACGGCGAUCUCAUAGAGGCAGCUCGACAGAACGGUCGGCGUCACCGGCUUCGACGAGAUACGAAAGCGCCCCUUCAUCCCCUUUCCUUGCCCCAACACCAAACCUCACCAUUCCCUCUUUGAGCGUCAACCCCCCCAGAGGCCCAUCUCCCGCCCCAACAGGUAGAUCUCAGUCUGGUAUAAGCCCCAUCAUUGAACAGGAUGAAAAUGCGGGAAGCGAUGGUGCUGAUGGGGGUGAUGGGAUGACGAAGCAGGAGAGGGAGGAUAGGAGGAUGUGGAAUGCGGAUUUGUUGGCGGGGUAUACGCUUGAGGAGAGGGUUAAGAGGGAGUGGGGGAGGAAGCUUGGUAGGGAGGGUGGGGUAGGGGAGGGGCAAGGUGGGGAGGAGGUCGAGGCUGAACAGCCUCAAUUUCCUGUCGCUGAGGGUCCUGCGAUAGAGGAGCCACCUGUCGCUUCAGAUGAGCAAGAGACUGUAGCGCCGGUGGAAGAGGAUGCUGGUGAGGUCAUCUCUCCAGCCGUCGAGCCUCCCAAUCCUUCGCCCCCUCCACCUUCCCAUACCCCUCCUCCAUCUACACCCACAGAACCUCGACCCCAGACACCUCCUCCUGCCCCAGUACAGCCUGAUCCAGCACCAGCCCCUAUCCCUUCACCAAAGAAACUUAAAAAGUCCAAAAAGAAGGGCAAAGAAUGGGCCAACACAGCCCAAGAAAGAAAGAGGAUGACGAGUACAGAGAUGGGCGAGAAGAGUCCUGUAGCUGCUUCCAGCCCGCGUACACCUUGGUCUACUGAAGCGCCUGCCUACAAGAAAGAGGUGAGAGAGGAAGAAGAGGUGGAAGAAGCGCCUUCGAGGGUUUAUGGACCGCCUAAGGGUACGCUGGUGCCGAGGGAGGAGGAGGUGACUGCUAUCAGACCGAAAGACGAAGGGAAGCCUUCUGAAAAGGCUGGGAGAAAGGAGCCAGAGACGCUACGUCCGUUGGUUCAAAAGACGGCAUGGGCUUCGUCCCCCGAGAUAAACCAAAUCCCCACGCCUGCGCAUGUCAGAUCAAAGUCUAGUGGGAAUGUGCUCGGGGGUGCCAGGGCUAGCGUGUCGCAAGCUGAGGCUGCGGCGCGCAAGCCAGAGGAUGAGCUGACGGUGGGGAGACGGAAAAGCGAGGGAAACCUCGCGGGAUCGGGGAAGAAGGAUGAGAACGCUCGAAUGGGUGAUCUUCCUCCCAGCAGGGAAGCUGCACUCAGAAGACGGGAUUUGGCGGUCCCGAAGCCUACUCCAACAGUUGUGGCGCCUGUCCCUGCAUCACCUCCCAAACCUCCUAUAGCCAAGGUUGAGAAGCUCCGAUAUGGCGUCUCUGGCCCUCUCAUCAACCUUGACGAUUCCGACCCAGCCCCGUCCUCCUCGGCAUCGUCUAUCAGAGCUCCCCAGAAGUAUAUGAGGGAUGAUGAGCGGGGAGACAGCGACAAGGCGGAUGUUCAGAAGAAGAGAGAAUCGAAUCAGAGUUUGUGGAGGCUAGCGGCUUCGUCGGUGGAUCUCUUGCAGUUGCUGGAAUCCGGAGGCGAUCGGGACGAGCCUUCUACAUCCUCCAAACCAGGUCCAGAAGACACCUCUGAGGCUGUCUCCAUCACUGCCCCAGUAGCAAGCUCGAGCAAGAUCCCACCACCCGUCCCUCCCUCUCUAGCUUCUAGACGCAAAAUUCCACCACCCAUCCCUCCACGUCCUCAUUACGUCGUCAACCAGCCUCCUCCUCUCCCCCCGCGGAAAUCUGAUAACCCACCGCCUGUGCCUCCACUGCCAGCGCCAAAGAGACGCCCGCCACCUCCGCCGCCGCCUAGACAUCCUGUUGCUGUUGCUCAGCUCGGUCUUCAGGAUGAAGAGUCCAAGGCCGAGAGGGAUGAGGAGGCAGGAUCGGAGGGCAUCCCGCAGAAAGAUACUGCUGCCCCUCGAGAGGAACCGCCCGUGUCUGCGGCCCCAGCCUCGGUAUCUUCAAAAAGACCUCUCGGCCCUAGGCCCCCACCGCCGCCGAGGCUAUUGAGGUUACGAAGCCCAUGGGCGCGAGAGCAAGCCUCUCCUUCGCUUGUCUUGUCUGAGCCUGCGCCUGCGCCUGACUCACCUGAUAAGCGUGAAGAGACGACAGAGCCUCUCGAGGGGCCGCGUUCACCACCACAAGUCCGUAGGAUCAACGCUGCGCCUGCGCCCGGACCUGUACUCUGGCUUACACCUCUCCCGACGCCUACACCUCUGUCUGACCCCACGGCUGGUAAUAUGACCGCUCCAAGAUUGACCCUCCGUCCCUUAUCAGGCCGGACGCAGAGCGACGUCCACCACCCACACUACGCCCACCUCCCCAGCCAAUCUGCCCCCCAUCCCACCCCCUCUGAAGCCCAGUUGGGUCUCCUCCACCAAGGAGGCUCGGGGGCGGAAGCGGAGGAAGCGGAUGAUACCCGCGUGAAUCGGUCUGCUUCGGCGGUGGACCUGAGGGACGGUGAUGGUGUGGAGCAAGCGGGUGUUGGUGUUGAUGUAACCCACGGCGAGAAUGGGGGCGAGGAUGGCCUCGGGAGGUUGCCGAGUGCACAAGAUGGCCCCGGGCCCGGGGUGCAUAGUCGCCCCGGACCGAGCGUGAUUCGAGAAGAAAGAGAGGGGUCGGCGGGGAGAGAGUAUACGGAUUUGGAGUUGUUUGUGGCUAGGUUGGAUGGCAGUGGGCGAGAAUAUGAAGGUUUUUCACACUUGACGACCUUCCUCGGCCCUUCCAAGCCCGCAGCCGCCUCCCCUGCUGCUCUCGCUACCCUCUUGCCGGGGAUGGUAUCCGUCGAUUCCCGACGUACCACCCCGCAAGGCAAAGUGAAACUCAAACUCUCUCUCUUGGGCGUCAGAGUCGCCAAGUGCCCCAUAUGUCUGAGCCAGUUCAAAGGCGGCGAUAAGGGGGUGCUUGUACCCGGCUGUGGACAUGCGGGGCACGAGAGUUGUGUGAGGAGGUGGUUUAGGGAGGAUGGGAGGUGUUUUGUGUGUAGGGAGGUGUUGAAGGAAGAGUAA